UAUUUAUUAAAUAAAAAAACAUGUAUGUUGAAAGUUCAAUUCGAUAAACUUGCUGCAGCAGUUGGAGUACUCUUACAUCAAACUUUGCUUCUUAGAAAAUUUUCGAAUUGGCAGGCUAUAAUUUAACACCAGUGCUUUACGGAAUAUAAUCUAAUUGAAUUCUAGGAACAACGUCCAAUUCCAACGCCAAAUGGAAACCGUAAGACUUUAUAUUGAUUAUGUUUUAGAGGUACUUCUGCAGAUGGAAAUGGUUGGAAUUUGCGGAUAUGAUGUGCAUUACCUGAAGCAAGGUCGCAUUGGUCAUUUCGUUGUUAAACAACCAAUGGUUAUUUGUCACGAGGCUUCAGGGACAUUGGUAAAAGUGGGCAAAGAUGUGACCCAUUUGAAAGUAGGAGAUCGUGUGGCCAUCGUACUGGGCGAAUGUUGCCGAAUGUUCAAUUACUGCAAGGAGGGCAGAUACAAUCUCUGCUUGAAGAUGGCCUUUUGCGCCACGCCUCCUUACGAUUGAAACUUGACAUGCAACAGAUUUUUGCUACAAGUUACCUAAUCACGUCAGUUUCGAGGAAGGAGCUAUUCUGGAACCGUUGUCGGUGGGCGUGCACUCUUGCAAAAGGGGGCUGGUCACUUGCGGGGCCUAUCGGUUUGGCUUGAAGUCCAUCAAGGUCUUAAUACACGCGUACCUGGAAUAAUUCUCAGUAAACGAAUUUUCCGUUUAAACUCGUC